UUUUAUAAAAUUAGUAGUAUUUUAUUUUAACUUUUAAACUGAGUGGAUGUUUUUUUUUCUCUGUCAGCUACCAUUUUUAAAGGGUCGCAGUUCCAUAAGAUAUCAGAUGUAAUGAUGUUUUAAUACCUGUGUCAUUGAUAUAACACGGCACAUUAGAAUGUGUAAUUUCUCGUAGCUAAAUGCUAAUAAUGAAAUUGUGUUACCGUUUUUUACCUAUUAGGAGAACGAAACAGUCCAGUAAAUUUGAGGUUUGGCCGGCUCGUCAGGGAUUUAUUUUGAAUAAAUCUAAAGUUAUGUGGAAAAUAUUUCACUAUUUGUCUAUUUCCAACACAAAUAAUGCAUAAUUACUACAUCACAAAAAUGAUAAUAUAUGUUUGGUUAAGUUUUGUAACUAAUCCAUUGAAAAAUUAAAAAUUCCAUCAUGCUUUAUAACAAAAAAUUUUCAUAAAUCAUGGUUCUGGCAUUAAUCUUGGAUUCUUUAAAAAACGAAGGAAAAAAAAUUAUGAAUCAAUAAAUAGUAGUUUAGAAUCAUUCAAUAAAUGACGCUUUACAUACAGUUUUAAAAAUUGAAAGAAAAAAAAGCAAUUUCUUUCAUUUCGGUGUUUUUUUCCCCUUAAAAAAACUUGUAAACAGUGUUUAAACUGAACAUGGGAAAAAUAUGGAAACUUGGAAGUGAGUUUUAUUCUUUUGAAAACCAUACAAACAUGCCUUUUUUAUUUUAUUAAAAAGCAAUUAUGAUUUAACAACUCAAAUAUUUUACGCUUGUUUUAAUUGUUAAUGCCUUGAGCAUGGUUUCGAGAUAAAAAGUUAAAUAUGGAUUAGAGAAGUAAUUAUGAACUAUUCUUAUGCAGAAAAAUUAAUAAUGUUUCGUUUUGCGUGAUGCAAAUUCUAAAAUAAAUUUAAUACAACUUAAUUUUUGUACAUAAAAAUAUAUUUUUAGUAGAAUUUUUCUUCCUACUUUAAAGCCAGUUUUUAAAUUUCAAAAUAUGAUAUAAUGAACAGACAUGUAGUUUUUCGAAUGAUACUUGGACAAGACAAACUCGCUAGCUAUUGACCGUUUGAAAGAGAGCACCGCAAGGAUGAAAGUACGAACCUCACGGGUAGAGAUUGCACUCUCACUCAUUUGUAAGGUCAUUUCCUCAAUUUAGACAUGAAUAAGAAGGGGAAGGAAUAUUUCUUCUGAUCUCUGUACCCAUGGUACUGGUCAGUGACCGACCACAGGACUUUCGAUAUCAUAGAUUUUUCGAGUGUAAAUAGCAUGUAUUCGGUAGGUCAUAACUGGAUCGAACUCGGGCCUCUCCGGAUCUGAGUUUUCUACGGCUCGAGCAGAAAAGUGAAUUUAAGAAGAAUUAUUUCGUAAGUAAAUUAAAAAGGAGAAACCGAUUUAUUUUCAUAAUAUUUCCUUUUUUCUAUUUAUUAAAUUUUUUUUUUAUGAAUCUCAAAAUGUGAAUUUGCAUCUGCGAUCUUUUCAAAAGGUGAAUGAAUGAAGCAAACAGUUCUUUUUUUUAAAAUUCAAAUUUGUACCAAUGGAUUUUUAAUAUCAAAUUCAAUUAUUUACAGAAAACGAUUUUAAACUAUCUUGUUUCAAACACUAAUUGCAAACGAUAUUUUUAAAUUGAUUAAAAAGCAGAUGAUUCGUUUUGCGAUGAAUAUUCAAGUUAAAUUUAAUAGUAAUAUUCAGUUCAAAUUGGUUUUUGAUUCAGAAACGUACGUGUCAUUUGCUUUAGUUCCGAGCGUUGUUUUGUGCUCUACUAGGCUUAUAUAUAUUUUAAAUGAAACAUAAUUAAACUAUAAUAUCCAGUUUUUUACAUUUAAGUAUCGUUAAAAAUAUUAAUGACUAUUAUAACUGAAUUUGAAUAAUCAAAUUUCACGAGUGUCAUUUGCUCCUGAAGAAAGAACUUGUUUUCAAAAGAGAACUUCUUUUGAAAGAACUUUUUAUUUUUGCGCUGGCAACCAUCUUGUGUGCUGUCAUAAGUUUGAAAACGUAAACGUACAUGUCAAGGAAUUUCUGAAUGAAAAUUAUUUUCUCUCGUGGACAAAAAUGGAAACAAACUAAGCUAUAACUUGGAAAAUUGAAAGGGAUUUUUAAGAGUUGUGUAAUAUGGAAGAUGUGUAUGAAACAGCAACUGAAUCUUCUAGCAAUAUCAUCACAAAAGGAAAUUUAGUAGCUGAAAAACGAUAUUUUUCAGCAAGAAAAAAUCCUGAAACAGUUCAGAGAUCUAAGUCUAAGCCUGUAUCAAAUCGAUUGAUCAAGCCUUCAUCUUUUCCUAUCAAUACUCUUCUGCCGAAGUCUAUCAGUAAGCCUUCGUCAAGACCCGUCAAUACACUUCUGCCUAAGUUUAUCAGUAUGCCUCUGUCAGGUCGUAUUACUGCGCAUAGGUCAAAACCUCUGAAUGAACCUCCACCAUUACCAAAUGGAAAUUACCAAACUUCAAGAAAUGAGUCAAAAGAAUUAAGUUAUAUUAAAAACCUUGUCGACAAAAGCUGUGAUGAAAUCUUGUUAACUGUUCAUAAAGAUGAAAAUAGGUUUCUAUCUCUCUUAAAUGAAAAUGUUGAUCGCGAUGUUCUAGCCUUGAUGCUGAUUACUUUGGAAAAAGCUGUAGCUCCUCGGUUACCCAAGCAUGUUAACAUAGUCAUAAAUAAUGUGACGAGUUCUGGGAAUUUCUUUCAUGUAGUUACCAAGUACCUCGCAUCGUUUCAGAGAAGUCGUCCUCAAAAUAUUCACUGUGAUUCGCUGGUCAGCCUUGUGAAUUUCCUGACCAAAUUUCAAACCUGUUUACCAUCCUCUGCUUCAGAUUCAUUGACAGUCCUAUUUCCGUUAUUAAAGAAAACAUGCGAACUGUACCUAAGAGAAAGUAAGGAUUCCGAAAUAUUUCAAAAGUUGCAAGAAAUCGAUGUUAGAAAUAAUGCAUUUUUGAAAAAUUUCACUCCAUUUGAAGCCAAAAAAAUUUCCUUCAAAGAACAAUUGCAGCUGGAAGAACCUCCGGAAAAUUUCCGUUCUAUUCCUAUUCUGCCGUGUGCGGAAGAUUUUCGUUGUACUUCUGCAUUCAUUCGUCCUAAUGUUGUUAGUGGACAGUAUCAAGACACUGAACAUUAUUUAGAUGUGCAAUUUCGAUUGUUGCGCGAAGAUUAUGUCAAAUCACUUCGGGAUGGUGUUGCAGAAUAUAAAGAGUUGAAAAAAGCUGGCAAAUCAGUAAAAAAAUGCAACAACGUGCGUGUUUAUGAGAAUGUUUAUUUGACAUCACAACAAAUGGUUUCAAUUGGUCUUGUCUACAUUGCUGUUUUCCAAGUUAAAGAUUUUUCUCAUGUCAAAUGGGAAUCUAGCAAACGAUUUUUGUUUGGAUCGUUGCUUUGUAUAUCAGACGAUGACUUUAAAACCAUGCUUUUUGCCAUCGUGGCUGAGCGGAAGACAGAAGAAUUGAAACAGGGAAAGUUAAUGGUAAAAUUCGAAAACCUGUCGGAAGAAGUUUUAGAUAUAAAUCCUGAUCGAAAGUUUGUAGUUCUUGAAACUACAGCAUUUUUCGAAGCUUACCGUCAUAAUCUGAAAGCAUUGUCGGAGUUAGAUGAUGAAAAGAUGCCAAUGAAACGGUAUAUUGUUGAUGUUGAGACUUGUGUGCAUCAUCCUUGUUACUUGAAAGAUGACACUACUUAUGAUAUGCGACCAUUGUUGAUACCUCUAGAUAAAAAAUAUGUGAAAAAAUCGAAUCAUUAUAUUGAGUAUACUUAUCCUUCAGAUAUCGAUAACAGAGCGAAAACCACAUCUGUACUCAAUUAUAAUAGUUGGCCAACUGCGAGUGAAAUGGAUCUCGAUCCCUCUCAGUACGAUGCUUUGAAAACAGCCGUUACAAAGGAAUUUGCAAUCAUUCAAGGUCCACCAGGUACUGGGAAAACUUAUAUUGGAUUGAGAAUCGUACAAUUAUUGCUCUACAAUAAGAAAAUUUGGAAAUCUGACAACCUUCAUUCUCCUAUAUUGAUAGUAUGUUUUUCAAAUCAUGCUCUUGAUCAGUUUUUAGAAGGUUUAACAGUUUUUACCGAAAAUAUUGUUCGCAUUGGAGAUAGAGGAAAAAAUGAAAAUCUAGAAAAAUUUAAACUCAGUAAUUUGCGAAGAAAAUUAGAGGAUGAAAAAAAUGUUCCAACGCACAUAUUUCAUAACAUAAGUAUGAAAUUAGCCAUGUUAAAUAAUAUUAGAGAGGAAAUAGAGACCACAAAUAAACUCAUUAAAGCAUCGCAAAAUAGAGUUUUAAAUGCGUCAGAGCUAGAAAGCUGCAUACCCACAGCACAUUUCCUUUCGUUUAGAGAAGAAAGGUAUGAAGCAGCAUAUAACUCCAUCUAUAAUUGGCUAGGGAUCUGUGUCGGUGAAAUUGACGAUUUCGUCUUUCGCAUCAGUGUAAAGUCUCUUUCAAAAAGCGAUCUUUUAGUAGAUGCAAGUGGAAAAAGGAUUGUGAAUGUGGGGCAAAGAAAUGAGCAAAACAGAUAUCAGAAAUUGAAGGAUUCUGUAUGUUUUGCUGGUGAAAUCUCAAAACACAUAUCAUGUGUUUUAAAUUAUACGUUUUCCUUGAAUUCUUCAGAAGUGAGAAAUAUUCGAAAUGUAUGGGAAAUUAACAUUCAGUUCAGAUGGAGACUUUAUAAAUACUGGGUACAAUGCUUGGUUAUGAAAACAAAAGGUAAAUAUUUAGAAAUGAAAGAAGAAUUACGAUAUAUCUCUAACUAUAAUGAACGACGGGAGUUAUCGGAACAAAUGAGUGAGCUAAAGCAAUCAAUAGAUUAUGCUUUGUCUUCAGUACUAAAUGAAUAUGAUUUAAAGGGGUACAUUAACAGUAUGCACUUCAAAUCAUUGCGUAGAUAUUCUCCAAGAGGUCAAGUGCGUAGAUAUUAUCCGACAGAUCAAGUCUUCAUGUACUAUUGGUUAGAGUUAAAAGUGAAAGACGGAAAUAAUAUUAAAGAUCGUAUUGAAAUUAUUCAAAAUCUUCAUUCUACGUUUAGGCUCUUAAGAGACAAUUGCAAAGAAACUGCUUACGUUGCCGAUCAGAAUAAUAUAAAUGAUUUUGCAGACGUCGAAUACCUGGAAGCGCAGCGAGAUUUUGACUCGGAUGAUAUUGCAGGAGCUUCAUACGAUGUUGCAUUGGACAUUACACUAGACAACUGUGAUUCCAUUGAUUUUCUUGAUGGCUGGCAGGUUCAAGGAGGCCAAAGUGCAGUGAGUAAGUUAUUCAGGGAAAAAUUGUGUAAUUCAGCUGUAAUGUCAAACUAUGAGUUUAAAAAUGUCACUAAUGUCUGGAAAUUAACCAUAGAAGACAGGUGGAAACUCUACAAAUAUUGGGUGCAAAUGUUUAUUGAGCUUAAAAAGCGGAAAAAGUACAAUCUUCUUCAAAAUCUCCGCGAAAAACACGUCGAACUUUGCGAGUUACGCUCUUUGAAAGAUGUUUACGUUGCUAGUAAGGCUGACGUUAUUGGUAUGACCACAACUGGUGCUGCUAAGUACCGAUACAUUAUUGAGUCCUUGAAACCAUCAAUAGUUGUCGUAGAAGAAGCUGCAGAAGUACUAGAAUGUCACGUGGUAACCUCUUUGAGUCCUGAGACAAAACACGUCAUUUUAAUUGGAGAUCAUUUGCAGUUGAGGCCCAAUCCUAAUAUUCAUAUGUUAUCCGUGAAAUACGAUUUGAAUGUUUCUCUUUUUGAAAGACUGGUCAAGAAUGGUUUGGAAUUUGUCCAAUUGCUCAUUCAGCACAGAAUGAGACCUGAAAUAGCAGGAUUAUUAGUUCCACACUUCUACAAAACUUUAGAAAAUCAUGCAUCCGUUAGUUUGUAUGAGGAUGUGAGAGGAGUGAAUAAAAAUGUUUUUUUUGUUUCGCAUAGUUUUGAUGAACUUCAAGAUGGCGAUAAUCAAAGUAAAUCCAAUCAGCAUGAAGCGAAAUAUUUGAUUUCUCUAUGUGAGUAUUUAAUUAAGCAGAAUUACGAACCUUCUCAAAUCACUAUACUGACUACGUACUCCGGGCAGUUAUUGGAACUGAAACGAUUGUCGCGAGGUAAACUGAAAGACGUACGGAUAACGGUAGUCGAUAAUUAUCAAGGAGAAGAAAAUGAAAUAAUUUUACUUUCUUUGGUGCGUAGUAAUGAUGAAGGAGAAAUUGGAUUUCUAAAAAUUUCAAAUCGUGUUUGUGUUGCAUUAUCUCGAGCAAGAAAAGGGCUGUAUUGCAUUGGAAACUUUAAUUUAUUAGCACAAAACAGUAAACUUUGGAGAAACGUCAUCUCAUAUUUGAAGGAUCGUGAUUUAUUUGGAUCAGCAGUUCAGCUGAGAUGUCAAAACCACCCUGAAAUUAGUAAUUAUGUUAAAAGCUGUGAAGAUUUUGAUUUAGUUCCAGAUGGAGGCUGUAAAAUUAAAUGUGAAUAUCGUUUGCCAUGUGGCCACACUUGUCCAUUAAUGUGCCACCCUUACGAUAGAGAGCACGAAAAUAUCUGCUGCGAAAAACCUUGCACUAGAAUAUGUGAAAAUGGGCAUGCUUGCCAAAGAAAGUGUUUCGAGGAAUGUCUUUGCCCUGUUUUACUGAAUAAAAGGCUUCUUUGUGAACAUGAAAUUGUCGUACAAUGUUGUAUCAAAAUUGAAGAUAUCGUGUGCGAAGAACCUUGUGAAAGAUUAUUGGAAUGCGAUCAUAAAUGUUUAAACCAAUGUGCUGAAGAUUGUACAAAAGAAUGCCCUGAAAGUAUUACAAUUACUUCGUCAUUCUGUGGACACGAAAUGGAAAUUCAAUGCUUUCAGAAAUAUGAUGAAGAUUUUCUGAGAACGAACUGCCAGACUCCUUGUGAGGCAUCACUACCUUGUGGCCAUAUCUGUAGUGGAUUAUGCAGAAGCUGCAAAAACUUUACGUCACACAUUCCUUGUCGCAGUGAUUGCCAGAAAGUUCUACCAUGUGGCCAUGAAUGCAAAUCACUUUGUUUUGAAAGGUGCGCGCUCUGCUCAGUUCUAGUUCUUAAAAGGAGUAAAUUAUGUGAUCACGAGAGAGAAAUAGAAUGUCAUCUCAAAAUUGAAGAUAUUCCCUGCGACGUUGAAUGCGAAAAAAUUUUACUAUGUGGUCACAAGACUCGUGAAGAAUGUUCUGUUACAGUUGAGGAAAUAACAUGCAACGAGCCUUGUGAAAAGCUUUUACCAUGCGGGCAUAGUAAAUGUCAGAAAAAAUGCGGUGAGAGUUGUGUAUCGAGAUGUAAAAAAACUAUUUUAAUAGUAUCCCCUUUUUGUGGGCAUCGUAUGGAAGUCGUGUGUUUUCUUUCAAAUGAUGGCAAUUAUCUUACAGACCGUUGUUCUGCACCUUGUAAUGCCGAAUUAAAAUGUGGACAUGCUUGUACAGGUACUUGUAGCACUUGCCAUCAAGGAAGAUUUCAUAUUGCAUGUAACCAAAAGUGUAAACGAAUUUUAAUUUGUGGUCAUAAUUGUGAAUCUAUAUGUUCUAAGGCAUGUCCACCGUGUAAAAAACCUUGUGAGAACGUGUGCUCUCAUAGAAAGUGCUUAAAAAUGUGCAGAGAACCUUGUGAUCCAUGUACUGAACCAUGUGCAUGGGUUUGCCCUCACAAAAAAUGCUCGAGAUUGUGCAGUGACCUGUGUGAUCGUGGCCCCUGCAAUGAGCCUUGUUUAAAGCUAUUAAGCUGCCAACAUCCUUGUUUAGGGUUUUGUGGGGAAACUUGUCCUACAGUUUGCAACGCUUGCAAGAUCGGAGAAGAAUGUUUUAUUGCUGAUGGCAAAAAAUACAUAACCCUAGAAGACUGUGGUCAUUUGUUUGAAGUGGACGAGUUUUCAAAAUGGAUAAAUAAAGAAGCAAGCGAACUAUGCGCAUUGCAAGCAAUUUUAUGCCCACGAUGCAAAUUUGCCAUUAAAAGAAAUUAUCGAUUUGGAAAUUUGAUAAAAUCAAGAUUAGCUGACAUUGAAAAUGCCAAAACAUUGGUGUUUAAGGAAGAUCCUUCAUUACAUCGAAGAAAAAUACAAUCAUUAUUGCGAUCCACCAAUCCUAUUUCUGAUCCACACUUGACAAAAAUUGAUCGUGACAUAAAUAAAGUGGUUUCGUCGAAGAAACCCAGAACCAUUUCUGAAUUACAAACUAUGUUUAAUUUUUAUACUUUAAUGAAGGUAUUCGUAAAUGUGUCAGAGCUCGCACGUAGAAGAAACACUGAUAUGAGUAUUUCAAACAACUGUGACUUAAAUAAGUUGAAAACUUACAUUAAAACAACUUGCUUUUGGAUGGAGCCUAUUUUUCGCGAUGACUUCUUAACUGCAUCAGAACAACAGCUGUUUGAAUUAACAUGGGAACUUCGAAGGUUGAAACUUGCAGGUGAACUGCUGCGAUUUCUCCGAAUAUUUUCUAAAGGCGAAAGGAAAAAGAGUUGGAAUCUUCUCUUAGACUGCGUUAUGACUUAUUCUCCUUUUCGAGAUUUGAAAGCGAUACGUAGUAUUUUAGAUGAUAUAAAACAUGAUGAAAAGAGGUUACAUUCUGCUUUGGAAUCUGAAUUGGAUUUCAAAGAGCUUCCUGUUUAUGCCUUAAAUGGAUAUUCAGAUGGUAACUUUUUUAAGUGUUCAAAAAAUCAUGUGUGUCGUGCUUUGGAAAUAACUGAUUAUGAAAUGUAUGAAAGUGCUUGUCCUGAAUGCAUGCCCUUAGCCAAAGGAACGCUUAGCAAAAGACACUCUCUUAGCCUCCGAGAAGUGCCUUUUGCGUAUAGCCGUCCAUUCUCCAGAGUAUCCUCCGGAGCAAGAUUUUCAAGAAACAAAAGUUUAGGAUAUGAUACAGUUUUUAUUUAAAUCCUAGGGUUCUCUGCUCGCUUAUCUCAUCAAUUUUUGCAAUUACUAAAGUUAAUUUUCGAUACCGAUUAUAAACUGAUAGUUACAUCAUUUAUUAUAUUGAGAGAACUCAAAAUGUUUGAUUGUUUUAACACAAAUUUAGUAUCCAAUUUUAUUGGGAUAAAAAUGAAAUGUUAUCAUUUUGAUUCAUUAUCAUUGAAGCUUUAUCUACAAUUUUGUUUUAUUCAAUUGCUGUUUAAUUUUUUGUUACGAUAAAAACAUCUUAAGUGCUUUUUGUCAAAGCUAUUAAUUAUUGAUUAUUAUUAUUGCGAUUAAUUAAGAGAUUAUUUAUUGAUGAGGCUAACAGUUAAUACUUAAUAAUGUUUUAUUAUUUUCUGUUCUAUCUUUUAAGUUCUAAUUAAUGUUAAAAUUUCUAAUUUUAAUUAUUGUUUACUUAAGGUUGACAUUUAAUUUCUCAAUCAAUUCAAAUGGAAGUAAAAUUCUGUAGAUCAAUAAAAUAAAAAAAAUGUGUAUAUUACUUCAAGACGUUUUCCCAGAUUAUGGUAGCAUAUCUGUUUUUUUUCUCUCACUUAAAUAUGGCUUUUUGGCUAAUAUUUUAAAUAUAUUUAUUGAUGGCGGUAAUUACAAAAAACAGUGUAUAAUUUCGUAUUGGCCUAAUAUAUGAAAAGCUAUAGCUUUCAACAUAUGAAUGAAUGUAAUAUUCAACAUAUGAAUAAAUGUUAUUUGUAUUUAUGUGUGUACAAAUGUCAAUUGUAUUUAUGUAUGAAUAAAUAUUAAUUGUAUUUACGUAAGAAUGUUAAUUGUAUUUAUGUAUGAAUAAAUAUUCAAUGUGUCAAUAAAUGUUAAUUGUAUUCACGUAACAUAAAAUGUUAACUCUAUUCAUGUAUAUAUAAAUGUGCAGUGAAUGCAUAAUUGUUAAUUUUACAGAAAAAGUUUUAACAUCAGAUUGAAUCAGAUCACAUGAUCUGCUACAAUUGAAUUGCUGCUUGCAGAAAAUUUUUUAGUCCUGUUUACUACUACUUAUGGAGGAAGUUUUCUGCUUUUCCUAUUAAUGCUAUAAAUUAGAAAAACAAAUUAUGUUUAUGGAUUAGGUACCAGGUAAAUUCAGGCGUUUUGAUUUUCAUUUUGUCCAUUGUAAAUAUUAGAUAGAAUAUUUAAACUGGUGGUAUAUUGUUAAUUGAUAUAUAACUGGUGGUUUAUUGUUCUACGUAUGGAAGCAAAUGGUAUCUUAUAAAACAAUUAUAAAUCCUCUCGGAGCCAAAUCUAUUUACAUUCAAAAUUAUUCUGAAAUAUAGAACACAUAUUCAGCGAAAUAAUUAAAAAAAGAUAUCGAAAGCUCAUUUUUCAAUACCGUUACCUUCUUGCAACUUAUAAGUUAUUGACAACAGUUAAAAUGCGAAAAUUAACAUUGACAUUUUUUGUUUUGUGUAAAAAAAGUGAAGAACUUAUUAAGUAUUAAGAACGUAAGCCUAUUUUCUGCGUUAAAAAAAUGAAUUAAGAUCAAGAAAACUGAGUUAAAUUAAAUAUAUGUUGUUAGCCACUUUCAUUUGACUAAAUAUGUAUAAGGUAUGUUAAGUUUUCUAGAUUUGUUAAUCAGCAGCUACAACAGUUUAUCAGCAGCUUAGCAGCUACAAUAAAUAUUAAUAAUUGUCACUUCUCAGUUAUUCACUAUUUUGUUUUUAUUCGCUAAUGUGAAAGCAUUAUAUUUCUGAAAA